UGUAUGAGUAAAUGACAUAUGAGCUUACGUAAUCUUAUCACCAAUAAUUUAAUUUUGCAUCUUCUAUUUAAUUACUAAUUAAAUUAGUAUGUUAAUAAGAUCCAUCUCACGUAACAAUAUUCAUCACCAACACCACCAUGGCUACUUCACUACCACCGCUUCAUGACAGAGUUGCAAUCGUCACCGGCUCUUCCCGCGGAAUCGGCAAAGACAUCGCAAUCCACCUAGCUUCACUCGGCGCAAAACUCGUCAUCAACUAUACUUCCAGCUCCAACCACGCCGACUCAGUCGCCGACGAGAUCAACGCCAAUCAAGCCACUCCACGAGCUAUAACGGUCCGCGCCGACGUGUCAGAUCCAGCCGAUGUGAAAUCUCUCUUCGACUCCGCUGAAGAAGCCUUCAACUCUCCGGUUCAUAUUCUAGUCAACUCAGCCGGCGUCAUUGCCGGCGAGUUACCUACCAUAGCAAACACAACAAUUGAAACCUUCGAUCGCAUCAUGAACGUGAACGCAAGAGGAGCGUUUCUCUGUGGAAAGGAAGCUGCGAACAGAUUAAAGCGCGGCGGCGGAGGGAGAAUUAUAUUUCUGUCAACUUCCUUAGCAGCGGCUUUUAAACCAGGCUACGGCGCUUACACGGCAUCGAAGGCGGGAGUGGAGGCGAUGACGAAAAUUCUGGCGAAGGAGUUGAAGGGGACGGGGAUUACAGCGAAUUGUGUGGCGCCGGGACCGACUGCGACGGAGCUGUUCUUGGAAGGGAAGACGGAGGCGGUGGUGAAGGGAAUUGCAGAAAGUAAUCCGUUUGGUAGAAUUGGGGAAACGAAAGAUAUUUCUCCUGUUGUUGGGUUUUUAGCUACGGAUUCUGGUGAAUGGAUUAAUGGUCAGAUUAUUCGUGUUAAUGGUGGAUUUGUUUAGUUAAUACACAAGUUAGUGAAAUAAAUUGUAAAUUAAACAGAGGGGUCAUGUGUGUGUAAAGCAGAAGUUACCCUGUUCUUUUACAUUGCUAGUUUUCAAAUGAUUUCUAAUUUUAGUUAUGGUUUUGUUUGAGCAUAUACGAAUUGAACUCUUGUAUUAUGAAUUGAUUUACCAUACUACUUAGAAAAAGUGAGAGAAAUGAGAAAUUACUAGAAAUGAUAUUAUCAAUUUUUUA